GGCAGGCAGGAGAAGCUCCAGCAAUUAAUUAUUUCCCCCUCCACCCUCCACAAAACCCUCCACCCGCAUCAUCCUUUCACGCUCUUCCCUCUUUUCCCCUGCACCUGAUUGCUCUUCUUCCGCUUCUUCUUCUUCUUCCCCUCACUCCCUUGUCCCUUUUCUAAUACUUGUCGCAACUUCGCGGUUUCCCCCUGCACACCUCCCCUCCAACAUGCGUGUUACGUCGCUCCUGGCAGUCGCUGCCACGGCGGCCAUUGCACGUGCAGACGUCCUGGAAGAUGCUGGCAAUGUGGUCAAGGAGGCAACCAGCUCCGUUGUCUCGGCCGUCAAGUCUGCCACCGAGUCUUUGGUGGAGAAGCCCACUUUCACACCCGUCACCAACAUCAAAGCCCCCUUCUUCGAGCAGUUUCUCGACGACUCAAGAUGGCAGCGGUCCACCGCCAAGAAGGAGAACACCGAGGAGGAGUGGCAAUACGUUGGCACCUGGAGUGUCGAGGAGCCCAGCGUGCUCCGUGGCAUUGAGGGCGACAAAGGUCUUGUGCUCAAGGACAAGGCCGCCCAUCACGCCAUCUCCGCCAAGUUCGACAAGCCCAUCAGCAACAAGGACAACACGCUCGUCGUGCAGUACGAAGUCAAGCUGCAGGGCGGCCUCGAGUGCGGUGGUGCGUACAUGAAGCUCCUCCAGGACAGCAAAGCGCUGCAGUCGGGCGAGGAGUUCUCCAAUGCGUCGCCCUACAUCAUCAUGUUCGGCCCCGACAGGUGUGGUACCACCAACAAGGUCCACUUCAUCUUCCGCCACAAGAACCCCAAGACCGGCGAGUACGAGGAGAAGCAUCUCAACUCGCCUCCUGUUGCUCGCACCGUUAGGAGCACCACCCUCUACACCCUGAUCAUCAAGCCCGACCAGACCUUUGAGAUUCUCAUUGACGGCGAGUCGGCCAAGACCGGCUCGCUUUUGGAGGACUUCUCCCCGGCUGUCAACCCCGACAAGGAGAUUGAUGACCCCAAGGACUCCAAGCCUGCCAGCUGGAUCGACGAGAAACAGAUUGCCGACCCCGCCGCCACCAAGCCCGAAGACUGGGACGAGGACGCGCCAUUCGAGAUCGUCGACGAGACUGCCGAGAAGCCGGAAGAUUGGCUCGAGUCUGAGCCCGAGAAGAUCCCCGACCCCGAGGCUGAGAAGCCCGAGGACUGGGACGAUGAGGAGGACGGCGACUGGAUUGCCCCCGUGGUUUCCAACCCCAAGUGUGACUCGGUCUCUGGCUGUGGCCCGUGGACCAAGCCCUUGAUCAAGAACCCGGCCUUUAAGGGCAAGUGGUCUGCUCCCUUGAUUGACAACCCGGCCUACAAGGGCGAGUGGGCCCCGCGCAAGAUCGCCAACCCCGACUUCUUCGAGGACAAGAAGCCCGCCAACUUUGAGCCCAUGGGCGCGAUCGGUUUCGAGCUCUGGACCAUGCAAAACGACAUCCUCUUCGACAACAUCUACAUCGGCCACUCCAUCGCCGACGCCGUCACGCUCCAGAAAGAGACCUUCGACAUCAAGAAAGCCUCCGAGACGCGACAAGAAGAAGCCGAGGCGGCCGCCGAGCCGGAGAAACCCACGCCGCCUUCCGAGCUCUCCUUCCUCGACGACCCCGUGACCUUCAUCAAGGAGAAGUUCGACCUCUUCGUCACCAUCGCGCAACGCGACCCCGUCGAGGCCAUCACGCACGUGCCCGAAAUCGCCGGCGCGCUCGGCGUCGGCCUCCUCACCCUCCUCGCGAUUGUUGGCGGGCUGGUGACGGGUGGCGCCAAGGCUGCGCCUAGCUCGCAGCAGGUCAAGGCCAAGGCGGAGCAGACGAAGGAUGCGGUCAAGAAGACUGCCGACCAGGUUGCGGACAGCGUGAGCAGUGGCGUUGACAAGGCGAGGGAUGAGGUGGGCAAGAGGACUACGCGGAGUGCGGACAAGUAGACCUUGCCUUCUGAUUGAGGAGGAUGGUGAAGUCGGGGGGGUGACAAAAGAGAAGAGUUGGUGCGGAGGAGCGCGGAGAUCUUGCUCAUCUCCUCGCCUCGCACUGCUUGCUGGUGGUGGUUGUCGCUGUGGCCGAUGCGAGGAAGACGGCACUGUGGGUGUCGUUUGAGUGUGUGUAUCCCUAGUUUAGAUUGUGCGCUUCUUCAUCGCGGCCUGGACUUGUUCAUUUAACCUAGAACGAAAGCAAAAUGGAAUUACAAUGGUCGUG